AUUCCAGUAAGGUUGCCAACGCCACGUUCUUCGGCUUUCAUAGAUUAUUACUGCGCUGGAGAGGCAGCAUCUACAAACUUCUUUAUCGGGAGUUCAUCGUUUUUGCGAUUUUAUACACGAUUCUAAGCAUCGUGUACAGAUACGCAGAAGCUUUACUUUGAAAAGCUGUCGCUGUACUGUGACAGGUACGCCGAGCAGAUCCCCGUGACGUUUGUGCUGGCUCUCCAUGCAUACUGGGCCCUCCUGCCGAACAAAACUAUGGCUGUCUCUGGCAAGAUGAUGUUUGUCGGGGGGGGGGGGGCAAGGUUAAGGCUUGUUUGGUACGAUGGUCUUCAUCAGCUAAAUGCUUCCCCUUUGAUCCAAUUCGGAAACAUCUCAGGCAGUUCCUUCCACCUUUAAUUCAGCCCUAGUUAUACACAGACCCGUUAGUGGUGCUGUAAACUCUGUGCCUAAACAUACACGUAUAUUGGUCAGGGCACAUCUGACAGACUUACAGCUAAAUAUAAAGACUCCUGACUACGUAACUUUGCCACACACUAAAUCAGUGUUUACCAGUCCGGUCCCUGGGGACCCACAGACAGUCCACAUUUUUGCUUCCUCCCAGGGAGUCCAAAAGGAGCAAAAAUAUGGACCAGCUGUGAGAUCCCGAGAACUGGAUUGGGAAAUACUGCACUGAAUCACUGUGAAAAAUAACUAAUCCUGUGUGCAUAACAGUAAGUGCCAGUUGUAAAUAUCUGUUACUCCGUUCUGCUUCUUGUCGUGCAUGUUGGAUAAGUCUAUUUCCUCAUAGUGGUGGGGGGGGGGUGGUAUUAACGGACUGGAUAAAUCAAACAAACGGAUGAUAGCCAUGGCAGAACGGGAGAGAAAAUUGCUAAAGAAGAGAUAGACACUGACCACUUCUGAAGUUUCGCUGAAUUUUGCAGCUUCCAUCUGCUGAAGGGACACAGACAGUACCUUUCACUUCCCAAUAUUGAACAAGAAAAUGAACGAUAAGGGUCUCUUGGAAAAGUUAAAUCAAUGAUGUUCAGCUGAAUUGUGCUAAAAUCUCUAAUGAACUAGUAUAUUGUCAACCGAGACCUACAAAUGAGUAGUGCACCAUCAGAACAAUUUGCAUUUCCACCAAUGUAAUGAAGGCACCUCAAGGAUUAUAUUUUGUUUUGUGUUUUGACAAUAUCAGGGUCAGAAAAUAUGCAUAAAAGGAGGUUACCUGCUUGCCUGUGAUGCAUCUUUGCGAAAUACUGAAGCAUGGCGUGGAAUCAUUUUCUCUGUCUUCUCGUCCCAUUGCAUGGGAAAUUCCUCUGGCAAUCUCUUAAAAUGUCUAGCAUGGAACCCCUUGGUCUGAAGGUCACUGUCGUACACACAGGGUUGCAUAUGUGUUUCAUCUUUAGCUGUAAUCAUACUCCUCAUGCAGUUGACCAAGUCAAUGUAUCAGCAACUUCUCUGUCAGUUAUAGAUUUCCAGGAAAUGAACUUUGCUCUGAAUCAUGAGCAAGUCCUUGUGCCCCAGCUUGCCUGGUAUUGCUGUUUCUGUCAGCCAGCUCUGUCAGACACUUGUCUCUCGGGCAUCCCGGCAGGUUUCUAUGUAACGUUGGUGGUGAACCGCUGGUGGAACCAGUUUGUGAACCUGCCAUGGCCAGACCGGCUGAUGUUCCUCAUCUCUAGCUGCGUACAGGGCCGGGACGAGCAGGGCCGCCUGCUCCGACGCACGCUGGUGCGCUACGUGAACCUCACCUCCCUGCUCAUCUUCCGCUCUGUCAGCACGGCUGCCUGCAAGCGCUUCCCCACCAUGGACCACGUGGUGGAGGCAGGCUUCAUGACGCCCGAGGAGAGGAAGAUCUUUGAGAACCUCAAGUCCCCCCAUCUCAAAUAUUGGGUGCCAGUGGUGUGGUUCACCAACCUGGCCUCCAAGGCACGGAAGGAAGGCCGUAUCCAGGACAGCGUGGACUUGCAAACCAUCCUUACUGAGAUGAACAAGUUUAGGACCUGGUGCUCCACUCUGUUUGGCUACGACUGGGUGGGAAUCCCUCUGGUCUACACACAGGUGGUUACCCUGGCCGUCUACACCUUCUUUUUCGCCUGCAUCAUUGGACGGCAGUUUCUGGACCCUGGACGUGGCUAUCCAGGCCAUGACCUGGACCUCUACGUGCCCAUCUUCACCCUGCUGCAGUUCUUCUUCUACUCCGGCUGGCUAAAGGUGGCAGAGCAGCUGAUUAACCCCUUUGGGGAUGAUGAUGAUGACUUUGAAAUCAACUGGUGCAUCGACAGAAACUUGCAGGUAUCCAUGAUGGCCGUAGACGAGAUGCACAUGAACAUUCCCCGCAUGACCAAGGACAUCUACUGGAACGACUCAAAUGUGCGACCCCCGUAUACUCUGGCUGCAGCUGACUACUGCAUCCCCUCGUUCCUUGGGUCCACCAUUGGGCUGUCGGAGCUUCUGCAGCAUGAGGAUAUGGACAAUCGGGACCAGAGGAACCGGCGCCAGGAGUCAGUUCUUGGCCGGGUGAGACGGCUGCUGAGCUCCCAGGAACCAAACGACUUGGGCCACCCGAGACCUGCGUAUAAGCGCCAUAGCAGCGACAUGUCCAGCGUCUUCUUCCCUUUCAAUCCAGAGGUCCGGGGCCACCUGGGACAUGAGGAAGCUGGCCACCUAAGGCACAACUUUCCAAAUUCUCACCUGGUCCACAACCAGUCACCGACCGAGAUGCUGGAGCCAUUACAGGAAGUGACUAGCAGCCUUUCAUCUCCUGACUCUCCUAUCCGCAUCAACGUGCCCACAGUGGUGAUCACCCCCCCUGAUCCUACUCCCCCUAAUCGAUCGUUAGCAAAUUCCCAGAGCAGCUUGGAUAUGCCCUCUCACGUCGACAUCGAAACCACACUAGAACCAAACCAGAUCUUGACAUGCCAGAGCCCUUUGGAGGAGAAUGCUAGUGAAGAGGCUCUGGCAGAAGAUCCCCUCAUGGAUUACAAUCUCACAGAGGUGGGGCCCAAGAAGUUCCGCUGGAGCAUUCCUGUCGACCGAUGGACCCAAGACUCCGACGACUCUUCGUGCAACCUGCCGAGCCCCAAGGGUCUAGUGAGGAAGAGAGGCCUGAGUACGUCCUACCACUGUGAGAGCAAGGAUGGGGAAAGCGAAGAACCUCGGCGCACACAGCCAAGCUUAGAGAGCAGCAGCCUGGCGUCCAGCAGUGAGGAGAACCUGGAAGCGAUCAAGCAGCAAACCAAAGAGGACACUUCAGGGGCCUAACAUACACACACACACGGAAUAGCCUUGGAAAAAGUAGGUUUAUCCAGUGCUCCGUUAUAUUAUUUUUAUAUUUUCGUUACAAAUUGUGAUGUUUUUCUGCAUUUUGUCACCAAAUUAAAAACUUUGUGCUCCACCAGGA